AUUACCUGAACACACACGCUCUCUCUCAUCCACUCAUGGCUUCACAUCUCCUCCUUGUCCUGCACAUKAUUUUCUUCCUCACUGGACUUUCAGAUACACAGAGUGUGUCCAGAGUGAGUCUUGUGUCUGUAAAGCAAGGAGGCUCCAUCACCAUCCCGUGUCUCUAUGAUCUGAGAUAUAGAAACAGUGUGAAGUACUGGUGUAGGGGAUCUAGUAUCCUUGGUUGCUCUACUGUAGUACGCACUGACCAUCCUAUGACCAGUGGAAAGACCUCAAUCUCUGAUGACAUCAACCAGCGAAUCUUCACUGUGACCAUGACAAGUCUUAGUCCUCGUGAUUCUGAUUAUUACUGGUGUAUUGUGGAGAGGAAGAACAAGGCAGAUGAGGGGGUUCAACUGCAGKUAUCUGUUACUCCAGAUACUCCAGGACUCUAUGUGGAUCAACAAGAAGUGACUGGAGUUGAAGGACAGAAUGUCACUGUGCGUUGUUACUAUAGUGAAGCUGGAGCCAGAGGGAGCUGGUGCAGGAUGGGUGGGGGUGGGAAAUGUCUGCUGAAUUCUGGAACUCUAGAUAGAACAUCAGUGACAUUACACCAGCAGACCAAUAUUGUAACCAAUGGCAAUGUUUUAACGGUUAUUAUGAGUGCACUGAGGAUGGUGGACACUGGCUGGUACAGGUGUGCAAAUAGAGACUAUCAGAUGCCUGUUCAUAUCACUGUCAAUCAGCAAACCACAAAGCAGCAUACCACCACCUUCACCCAAGACAUCUCUGCUGGUAAAUCCGGAGAAUCUGCAGUCUCUUCUCAGCCGUCAGUCAGCAACAUCCAGACAUUGGAACGUACAUUCUUCUACCUGCUGAAAGUUGGUAAUGCACUGCUCUUCCUCCUGUGCAACAUCAUUGGAGUGGUGAAGUUGAGGAAAAACCGACAUCAAGCUGAUACCAACGAUGUUUAGAAACCAAAGAGGUCUGUCUGGAGUGAUCAAGGGUCACAUUUACCAACGAGUUGCACCAAAUGCAAGGCGUGCACCUUUUUUCUAAGUACAGGGAGGAAAAAACUAAAAUAUGCCGCUGUCAUGAGGCUUAACCUUUUUUCUUUACCACAACCUUCAUUUGACAUAUUUGCAUACCUUUAAUGUUUAAUUCCCUUAGAAUAAGACUAAGGUAUCAGAUUAUAUUCCAACAACACGUUCUAUUUUCUUUAUCCAGCUUUAUCUGUAUGAUUAGUUUUAUUUAAAUGAUUCUAUUAUUAUGUACAUGUGUUGUGGAAUUAAAGUAUUGUCCGAUGUGUCUCUAACCCUUUUCCUGAUGGUUAUUUCUCAUGGUUUAAUGUAACAAAUCACAGCCUGGUUGAACUGUUCCAUUAAUAAUUCCUCUAGCUUUAUAAAUGAAAAAUAUCCAUGCUAAUAGACUCAAUUGUUGAUAAACAUUGUUAAUAAAGAAACUAGACCAACACAGGACUCAGGAGUUAAUACAUGACUGAGGUUAUCAGUGUGUUGAGGAUGGGGAAUAAACCACAAACAAUCAUCAAAUUAACCAGUAUACGUAGUAGCAUCAUUUUGACUAUAUCACCAUUGGUCAGGUCCAACAGUUCAACACCAGUUUUACACAAGGUCUUUCAUGGGGCACAUGGUUGCAUUGUGUCAUUAAAACAGGAAGAGCCUUAAAGAAGUGAUGGAUCAGCGAGUAGUGUCAGUUGCUUGGGUUUCUUGGUCCCUGACACACACCAGUGUGCCCAUAAAACAUAAAUACUCACAGACACUCUCUCUCUCAUCCAUGGCCGGCUCCAGGUAUAAGUGACAUAAGCGGUCGCUUAGUGCCCAAGGCCUCUAGGGAGCCCCCAACCACCCCAAAAAACUCAGUCAAUGUCUCAUCUUAUUGUCGAGAGUUAAAAUAAUAGAAUACACAAGGCGCAAGUUCAAAAUGUGGCUGUGCAUCAACAGUUUUUCUCUUGUUUUGUCAGUCACUUGACAGUCACUCAAUUAGCCAUGUCAGCUAACAAUUUUUAGCUUGGUAAAUUAGUCUAGCCAGCUAUCUAAACUUUUACUGUAUUAAUCAUGAUCGAAUAUCAACCGGUCACGCAGGGCAUGUCCCUAGGGGCCCUGACUUCCAGGGAGCCACCAUUGAUUUAGCCUGGUAUGGAAACUGCUCGGCCUCCGACAACAAGGCAUUACAGAGG